UGGAGCAUUUGGAGAUCUCUCUUUGCAUAAAGUGGUAUUGCUGCUACUUUUGGUCCUUUCUUUUCUUUUUCCUGUUUCUGGCAUUUCAAAUUGCCAUCAAUGUCAUGGUUAACAUAUUAUCUCUGUCUUUGUCCUGGACUAUUUCUGCUGCAGAGGGAUGUGACUUGCAAGGAGUACCAGAAAGUGGACUUGAUAAUUAAACUCCAGGACACAGUCGUGCUUAAAUGUGCAUACCCAGAGAUGGGCAAAAUGAUCCAGUUGUCCUGGGAGAAGAAAGAUGAUGGUGUGAAGCACAAAGUUGCUGUGUAUAAUCCCAAACGGGGAGAGCACAUUUUCUUUCCAUACAAUCGGAGCGUUAUAUUUCUCUCAUCACAUAUCAGUGGAGAUAUAAAGUUGACAGCAACAGCUGCAGAUGAAGGCCUUUAUCAAUGUUCCAUUAACACUUUUCCUGAAGGGAUGUUGGUGAAACUCAUUGCAGUAAUAGACCCAGCAAAAUUUCCCAGAAGUCGGACAUCAGACACUCGUGUGCACUUUGUGCCAGGGGACAAUGUGACCUUAUCUUGUGCGUAUCCAAAUGUGGACAGUAUUACACAGUUGACAUGGCAACGGACGGCUGGAGAAGAAAUAAGUACCAUAGUUGAUGUCACAACUUCGCAAUCGUUUAUUGGCUAUGACUACAAGCAAAGAAUCCAAUUUAUCCACUCGCCCAAUCAAAACAUCAGUCUGACCAUAGAGAAUGUGACAACAAAUGAUGUGGGAAUGUAUAGCUGUCAUAUUGUCACAAAUAAUGGAAACUGGACCAAAACCUUUGAUGUUGAUGUGGAAGGUGAACAGUCAGAUCUCCCACCACCAAGAAAUCAUGCCACCCUUACUGAAGCACAGAACCACCCAGCCAAAGCAGUUCCAGACAUAAAAAUGCUUCUAAUUUUUGGCGCAAUUGCUUUGGGAAGCCUUGUAUUGGUCAUCAGUGUUGUUACCAUAAUAUGUGUGUGGAGGAGCAAGAAACAGAAAGCGAACAAAAAACAGUUCCAAAAAGGCACCACUGAAAGAAAUAACCAAAGGAGAGCCAAUCCAAACAGCUAUGCAAAUCUUGAUGUCUACGACCGACCAAAUUCCAGGGAAAUGGUUUGUCCGGAAGAAGCUAUUUAUGCCAAUCUGUAGGAUCUACUGCUGACCGUGUAUCCGUCCUCAACUUCACUGAUCGAUUUUUAUCACUCAUUUCAGCUUUCGUGUUCUUCACAAACGAGGUGACUGUUGAACUCAUUCCAUCACAAAAUUAAACCGUGAACUUUAUUACAAUUUUACAAUGGGAUAAAGUAAGAAAUAAUAUGCUUUCUUCUCUCAAAUUCUAAAAGUGCUCCAUUCGUUUUACUCUUAAGUAACGACCAUUUUUUCAACCAUUUAACUGGUAAAUGUAAUAAUUUCAAGACAUCAUGUGUAUAGUUAUAAACUUGGCGACUGAGAACUGUUCAGAAUAUCUAGCUUAGCAACAUACAUAAUAGAAAAAAAACGGAAAUUAAGCAGGUCCUGCAAUCCUUAAAUAUUUUCAGGUAUAAUAUUAAAAUUUCUCUGCAGCCACUGGAUAAAUUUUAUUUUCAUAUUUAAUAUUUCAAUAUUUGGAUUGUGACCACAUAUAUCUAAGAGGCUAGAGAAACUAAGGGUUGUCACGUUACUAUAGAACUGGGCUUUUAGUGCCAAAAGAAGUGAUUUUUACUAGAUUGUGGGAUGUUAUUGUACACCACCAUAUUGUUAACUGCAAAUUAACUCGUUUCCUCAAGGAAUAUUCACUUUGACCUGGUGACUCAUGUACCAUUGUGUAUGUUUGGUCUACCUUAUUGUUCAAUUGUGCUCAUUCUCAAUUGAUUGAGAGGUUUUCACGCAUCAGACAUCUGUGAGAUCAGAUUUAAAAAGUACCUUAUCAUUCUGGUAGCUCUGAAGUACAGUACACAAAUCAGAGCCCUUAACAAGUAGACACUAGGCAAGAGAGGGGAGCAGGUGGCAAAAACAAAACAAAUAACAGCUGCAAGGUUUUUAGGCAAGUUUUGAAAAUAGGGAAGGAGGUGAGGAAGAUUGAGAUAAGGAAGAUGCAGGGAAAAGAUCUGAGGCUUCAUGAAGCAGCUGUCAAAGCUGCUAAAAUGUUGGAAGGACAUAAAGUGGGCAGAGGUUGAGGCAAGAAUGAGCAGGAAAUGUAUAACCAGGAAACUUUAUGGAGAAACAAGGCCACUGGGAAUUUGGAGUUAAUCUAAAUGGGAGCCAUACCCAAAUUAAUGUAAAUGUUUGUAGAUAUCAAAAGUGGCUGUUUGCUGAUACUUAGUUCAUGAAUGAUCAAACAGGAAAGUAUCAAGGUACCUGGAUUGGCAAAAUGAUCUCCUAUUAUUGCCUGUGCAAGAUACUUGACUGUUAUAAGAUUUCUGUUUCACAAGUUGUGAAAUUCCUCAAUUAGCCCUGCUUGUGUGUCCCAACAGGAAGUAUUCGAGAAAUAUUUUAGUGAAAGUUUUUUUUUUCUCUGUUACAUCAAUGAACUUGGCAAAAGGCAAGCUGGAGGUAAAAAUUCACAAGGACUGGCAUUUGAAGUCAAGGAUCUCCAAGUCAAUAUUGGGAGUUAUCGAAGAAUAUUUCCUGUGUGGGUCAGAUAGAAUUUACAUUACAGAAAAAAGUCAUUUUCUGUAACAUGUCCACGGAGGUAUUUGUCAUUUCCUUAGCGUAUAGGCUACGUUUAUGAACAUCAUAUGCCUAUUUAAAACAAAGUAUCAUUGAGAUUUUGUAUUGCAAGCAUAGCUAUAAGUAGUUUAAGGACCACACUUUUUUUGUCUUUCGAGGGCUGAAUACACAUUCUAUAGAGCCAGCAGUUGGCUGAAAAUAUCUGUUCUAGCAGCUUCAUUUGGUUAUAAAUCUAACAUGCAUUAAUUCAACACAAUGCAAGUGAAAUUUGAUUACCAGAGGUUAAUCAUUGAUGAAACAGAACAUCUCUUGGCAAGUAUUAAUGUAACUCUCUUGUUCUUCUUCUUCAGUCAAAGAUACUAACUCAGGAUUGUGACUAAUUUCACUGUUAUGGCUUCCCAGAAACUAUAACAUAGAUAACUCCAACUUUAUAAACAUCCUCAAAUUGGGCAAAGCAUCAGAGAUUCUUGUACUUUUACCUUGUUUUAUGAUAAUUGUAAAUUAUCUAUACGCUGGUGAUCAGCCUGCCUUGAUGUAGCUCACUCUGUAAAAUGCAACGUUAUACUGUUGUGUGUAAAAUAAACAAAGACACAAAUGUAAACCCA